UCAAAUUACCAUUAUUAAUAUAAAUUAAAUAAAAAAUGAAUAACAUGAUACGUCGAAUUCUACCUUCCUAUAAACAUGUGAUAGUUCGCGGAAAACAAACAGCAGUACAAGAAUUAAAUAAUUUCCAAGAUUAUGAAGAGGACGAUGAAAUCGAUAGAGAGAGGAUUAUUGAAGAAAAAAGGAAUAAAUCCAGAUUGCUUCCUCAGCACAGGAACAUGGUGCUGGGAAAGGUUCCGUACCAAGAACCACAGUCGUGGAUACAUGAAACUGUUAAAUAUAAACGAAUGAUGUAUGGGAGGUACGGAAGCAGUAGUAAUGUUAAUCCAGCUCUAUGUUGGCCCGACAAAGUAGAUCUAGAAGAUACCCUCGAAUAUGAAAGAGUAAAAUACCCCGAAACAAUCCCUGAAAUGAUGAAGAAGGUUGCCGAAGAGAAAAAACAAAAAGCAGAAGCCAUGAGAGCACGUGAUGAAGAAAUCGCAAAGAAACUCUUAAAAUUACAAGAUUGGAAACACCAACUUAAGCAGAAAAUGGCUAAAGCUGAAGCGGAAGCCAGAGAAGCAAAGGAGCGUAAAGAUAGGUUAGUAGAAGAGGUAAGAAGGCACUUUGGAUUCAAAUUAGAUCCUCGUGAUGAGAAGUUCCAAGAAAUGUUGGCGCAGAAAGAAAAGGCUGAUAGGAAGCAGCAAAAGGAGCUGAGGAGACAAGCACGUGAAGCUAAAAUUGCAGCAAAUUUGAUAAACCAACAGAAUGCCUUUAAAGAAAAUGAGGAGGAAGAAAAAUAA